AGCUUCUCCUAUAAAAAGAGGAACUUGUUGGGAGACAUUACGGUAGACUUUACGACAACUGUUCCUACUUUGUCUCCAAACUGUUGCACGGCCGACUCCCACCAUUCCUGGCUAGUCUGCAGAGAGAGGAGAUUGGAAAAAAAACAUACCAGCAAAACAUGUCGGUGCUCAUCAGAAAAAUCAUCAAUACCGCCACGGCGCCGGCUGCCAUCGGGCCUUACAGCCAAUCGGUGGUUGUGGACAGAACAAUGUACAUCUCUGGUCAGCUGGGGAUGGAUGUGGCCUCAGGUCAGCUGGUAGAUGGUGGGGUGAAGGCUCAGACUAAACAGGCUCUGAUCAACAUGGGGGAGAUCCUGAAAGCUGCUGGCUGCGACUACACCAACGUGGUGAAGACGACGGUGCUGCUCGCUGACAUCAACGACUUCAACGGUGUCAAUGAGGUCUACAAAACAUUUUUCAGCAGUAGGUUCCCAGCCAGAGCUGCCUACCAAGUUGCUGCUCUCCCCCGAGGUGGGCUGGUGGAAAUUGAGGCUGUUGCUGUCCUUGGUCCUCUCUCAGACUCCUGACUAGA